AUGGCCAACCACCAAGAAACACAGGCAGCAAGCACUCCUCGCCAACAAGAUGUCAUUGAAACAAGUCAUCUUGCCACCCGGCCAGUUCAGCUCGAUGACACCGUCCUCGUGAAAAUGGCCAACACGGUCUCCAACCUAGGCGACCUUACUCAAGACGCCGCAGCGGCCACGGCAUUCGAGAAGAAACUCACCUUCUUCCAAGCCAUCCGCAUGUACCCCAAACCGGCCUUCUUCUCCAUGGUCAUGUCACUCUCGCUCAUCAUGGAAGGGUACGAUACUUCCCUCCUAGGCGGUUUCUUCGGCUAUCCCCAGUUUCAGCGUAAAUUCGGCGAGCCAGUUGGUGACGGAACGUACCAACUUACGGCCACUUGGCAAUCUGGGCUACAGGCCGCGGUCCAAGUAGGUGAGAUUUUUGGCCUCUGGAUAGCUGGUGUUAUUGCCGACCGGUACGGCUAUAAGAAGACCUUUUUUGGAGCGCAGGUCAUGAUGAUUGGCGUGAUAUUCAUCAUGUUCUUUGCACAAAACUUGACGAUGCUGCUCAUUGGGGAAAUAUUGUGUGGUAUGCCUUGGGGUGCAUUUCAGACAUUGACGGCAACGUAUGCUGCUGAGAUUAGUCCGAUGCCUUUGCGGCCUUACCUGACUACAUAUUGCAACAUGUGUUGGGUUAUUGGGCAAAUGAUUUCUGCAGGUCUCUUGACUGGCCUUCUUGAACGAACAGAUGAAUGGGGAUGGAGAAUUCCGUACGCAACCCAGUGGUUUUGGCCCAUUCCCAUCAUCGUUGGCAUUUUUUUCGCGCCAGAGUCCCCAUGGUGGCUUGUCCGCCAAGACCGCAUCGAAGAUGCUAAGAAGACGCUUCGGAAAAUGGUCUCAGCCAAGGACUCAGACUAUGACGUUGAUCAAAACGUCGCCAUGAUGAUUCACACAAAUGCCCAUGAAAAGGCUGUCAGCGCAGGAACCUCAUACAAGGACCUCUUCACGGGGGUUGAUCUUCGCCGAACAGAAAUCACCUGCUGCGUCUGGAUUGUCCAAGUCACAUGCGGCAUAUGGUUUGGCGGCAACGUCUUGUAUUUCCUGGAGCAAGCUGGUUUUAGCACACGGCAAGCAUUCAACUUCAACCUCGGCCAUAAUGCCGUCGCUCUCUUUGGGACUCUCUGCUCGUGGUGGGCAAUGGAGUACGUCGGCCGGAGAAGAUUGUAUCUCUGGGGGUUGGGCAUCAUGUUUGCCAUUCUGAUGCUUGUCGGGUUUCUCGGCAUCCCUGCUCCUGGAGAGGGCAUUGCGUACGGCACAGGUACUCUCUUGAUGAUAUUUACGUUUGUGUAUGACGUGACGGUUGGGCCGGUAUGUUACUGCAUGGUGACGGAAAUACCGUCUACUCGUCUGCGUAUCAAGACGGUGGCCAUGGCGAGAAAUGCGUACAACAUCAUUUCCAUUGGCGCCAAUUUUCUCAAUAAUCCGAUUUUAAACCCCACGGCUUGGAAUUUACGCGGAAAGGGAGGCUUUGUAUGGGCACCCUUGGCGUUAGUGAGCUUUGUAUGGGCGUAUUUUCGUCUGCCGGAGCCGAAGGGUAGGAGUGCGGGAGAAAUGGACGUUUUGUUUGAGCAGGGGGUAUCGGCGAGGAAGUGGAGGAAGACGGAGGUGGAUGAGUUUAGGUCGGAAAAUAUGAAGGCUUCGUCUGAGGAAUUGGACGAGAAGGCUGUUGCGGGUUGA